AUGGAAUGCACAUUCAGAUACUAUCUGACCUCAACAACAUGGACUGAUGUACGCAUUACCACAGCCUCUACCAUAGAAGGUCUCAAGACAGCUGAAUCGCACAUCAUCUGGUCCAAUACGACUGAUCCAGAUCCCAAGAGACAGUGCAACUUCUGGGCUCCGGAAAUGCAUAAAAUUGAUGACCGCUGGUACGUGUACUUCUCAGCGAGUGUAUGUGCUCCUGAUCAGUGGGAUGUUAUGUUGCCCACUCUGAGGGUAUAUGUUCUCCAAGGCGGCAAGGAAAACCCAUUGUCGUCCGAUUAUAAAAUCCUGGAUGCAAUUAUCCCGCCAAACUAUAAUGCUGGCAUGCUUGAUGCGACAAUCUUUGGCAUUGAGGGUACUGAUUACUUUCUGUUCUCUGCCGUUGAAGGACCUGAGAGCCCCGAGGGUGCAUCCCUUUGGAUCGCCGAGCUCUUAUCACCAACAACAUGCGGCAAUGCCACAAUGUUGGCAGCCCCGGAGCUUGAAUGGGAAAAGUCAGAGUCUCCUGUUCUUGAGGGACCAUACGGAAUAGUCUCGCCUGCUGGAACUACAUACGUAGUCUACUCCGCCGACUCCUGCAACACACCAGCAUACAAGCUUGGCGCCAUGAAAUUCAGCAAAGGCGGCGAUCCUCUCAGUCCAAAGUCAUGGAGCAAAUUGCCUGAGCCUAUCUUUGAGACCAUGAAUGGUCAUUACGGGCCUGCUCAUAACUCCUUCUUCAAGAGCCCUGACGGGACACAGGAUUGGAACGUGUUCCAUGCUAAUCUCAACGCGAAUGACCGCUGCGGUCCAUCAAGGAAGACGUUUAUUCAGCCUUUGAGUUGGAAAGAUGAUAAAAUCGAUUUGGGCGAGCCGUUGCCAGUGGAUACAGAGAUCGAUCCACCUUCUGGUGAGUGA